AAUCCCAUUGCCUCUCAUUUCCAUUCACUCCUCACACACACUUACCCAUCACUAUUGCUUCUCUUGCUCUGAAAUUCUCUGAUUCUAAUCCAUUAAUACUAGUUCUUUCAAAGAUUUCUUCUUUUUUCUCUUUGCUUUUUUAAUCAAGUUUUAAUCUUCACGAAAAUGGUGAAUGUUCUGCACUUCUUGUUUGGGGUUUUUGGAAAUGCUACUGCUUUAUUCCUCUUUUUGUCUCCAACGUAAUUAUAUAUCUCUCUCCCCUGCUCUGUUUCUUGUUCUUGUUCUUCUAUUCUUGAUUAUCUUGUUCUUAAAUUUCUUGAUUUUAUUUAUUCUUGAAAAUGCUUAUUUCUAUUUAAAUUAUUGGCUAAAUUAUGGAUUACAAUUUGUUGAUAGGAUUACUUUCAAGAGAAUAAUAAAGAGUAAAUCAACAGAGCAAUUUUCAGGCGUCCCAUAUGUGAUGACUUUGCUCAACUGUCUCCUUUCUGCCUGGUAUGGCCUGCCAUUUGUCUCCAAGAACAAUAUUUUGGUGUCAACAAUUAACGGGACAGGAUCUGUAAUUGAAAGCAUAUACGUGUUAGUUUUCAUUUUAUAUGCAACAAGGAAGGAGAAGGGUAAAAUCUUAGGCCUCCUUACACUUGUGCUCACCAUUUUUGCUACUGUGGCCUUCGUGUCUCUGUUUGCCCUCCACGGAAGCACCAGAAAGCUCUUCUGUGGCUUGGCUGCUACUGUCUUCUCUAUCAUCAUGUAUGCCUCACCUCUGUCCAUCAUUAGGUUGGUGAUUAAAACUAAGAGUGUAGAGUUUAUGCCAUUCUUCUUGUCACUAUUUGUGUUCCUAUGCGGCACUUCCUGGUUCGUCUAUGGUCUACUCGGCCAUGAUCCUUUUGUUGCUGUCCCAAAUGGGUUCGGAUGUGGUCUAGGUACAGUUCAGCUAAUCUUAUACUUCAUCUACAGAAAUGGCAAAGGAGUGGACGAUAGUGAUGAUGUCAAAAAACCCACAUCACAGUCUGUUGAAAUGGGUGUAGGAAAGCCUCAGCUAGAGAAGAACCAAGUUAUGGUCAAUGGGUCACAUGACGAGCAAGUUUGAAGCCAAAAGAGAAUUUGUUUUGACAAUUUUUAAGUUUUCUUAGUUACGUGCUGUGGCUUUGCUUUUAAUUUUGGGUUUUUUUGCCUUCAAUGAAAGGGCCAAUUUAGGUGAUGUGAGUAUGCUUUGUAUACAAACAAAAAUGCAACUAUAGGGUAUGUGUAUUGGCUCUUGUGAUGUGGUUUUGAGACCAUCUCUUUGUCACUUUCUAAGUUCCAUAAAUGUGAUAUACAAAAUAUGGUCCUUAAAUUGGCAUGAAUGACAAGUGGUCCUUUUCCUUUAAAA